GUCAUCCGGUAAAUCAUGAUGCUCUUACGAUGUGCCUUCGAAUUUCGUAAACACGGAGAGGUGUGUUAAUAUUCUCUUGCGCGUUUAAACAGUCUGUGAUACAAUAGUGUGUCCAAUGUUAAAACAUGUAUUGUUUAUUAUAUACAUAUUACAAUUAAAUUUGACACACGAUAUGUAACCGAAAGUAUGCUAGAUGCACUACGAUGCAAUUACAACAUUAAUGUUAAGUGCACUUAUCCUUUUUCUUGUAACAACAACAAAACGUUAAUCGCGCAAGUUCCUGCUGCACGUGCUCGUCAAACAUGUCUAUGAAGAAAGAAUCGCCUUGGGACGUGGAAUUACAUCUGGCGGCGGCACGUGGAGAUGCAAAGCGUCUUCGAGUUCUGCUAGAUUCUGGACGCGUCCAUGUUGACUGUAAAGAUAAGGAUGGAACGACUCCUUUGAUAUUGGCCGCCGCCGGAGGCCACAUUGAAGCAGUCACCGAAUUGCUGCAACAAGGGGCGGAUCCUAAUGCCAGACGGCUGACGGGCACCACGGCGUUGUUUUUCGCCGCUCAAGGUGGCUACAUGGACAUCGCCAGCCUUCUAUUAGAGCACGGUGCCAUCGUUGAUUCUUGCAGCAUAGACGGCGGUACCCCACUUUUCGUUGCGUGCCAGUGCGGUCACCUAGAUGUUGUGGAAGGUUUGAUCGAAAGAGGCGCCAAUCCAAACGCUUACAUGAAGGAUGGUGCCACAGCAUUAUUCAUCGCCGCUCAAAAUGGCCACGUGCGUAUCUUAGAGGUUCUUCUGGAGCACGGGGCAAAAACAGACGCGGCAAGAACCGAUGGUGCCACGCCUUUAUGGAUAGGAGCGCAAAUGGGACAUGAUCACGUCGUGAGGAGGCUUUUGAAAGCUGGUGCGAAGGUCGAUGCCACCAGACACGAUGGUGCGACCCCGUUGUUCAAGGCAGCACACAAGGGCCACACCGCUGUUGUAGGUGAACUACUUAAGUAUCGUCCAUCCCUCGGUAUUCUUCCAAAUGGUGAAAGUGCACUGCAUGCAGCAGCAUUAACAGGACAAAUGACCGUUACUAGACAACUGGUAGGUGCGGGAGCAGAUCCUUUACUUGUGAACCAAGAAGGCAUUACGCCCCUCCAAUUAGCUAUUAGGCACUCGCAAACACAGGUGGCCAAUUAUCUGAAGGAUAAAUGUCAAAAUAGUAGCACUACAUUUGGUAAAGGAUUUUUACAAGAUGUACACAUUCAAAUGUCUCAAAAUAAAAAACUGAAGGAAGUAUUAAAUGAAGUUGAAGAAGUUCGAGAUUUAAUCCAACUUAUUGCUGAAAAUGUCGCUAUUGUAAAGGAUUUACAUAAUAAUGUUUUAUCAUACACUAAUAAAGAUAUACAAAAAGAAUUGGAAAGUCGAACAUAUACUAUUUCACAAACGUCAUUUCGUAUUCAACGAAAAUUGAGAGAAAUCGGAAAGGAAAUUGCACCAAUUGAUGAUUUAUCUUUAACUAGUGUCAGAGAAGGACCUAUACAUAUACGAAUUAAAGCACUACAAUAUGCAACGAUGUUAAGAUUAUUUUCUGAAAUUAUGGAAGAGUACAACAUAUCUAUGUUAAGAUAUCACGAAAAAUGUCGUUUACUCUUGCAUCAACAAAAAAUGUUAAUCAAAGAACAUAUUACACAUGAAGAAUUGGAAAAAUUACUUAAUGCUCAAGAAAACAAUUUAUUUGUUGACAAUAUUUUAGAAGAUAGUAGAAUUGCAAGGCAACAAUUAUCAGAUAUUCAAAGUAGGCAUAAUGAUAUAAUAAAAAUUGAAAAAUCAAUUGCAGAAGUUAGAGAUAUGUUUACAGAAAUGGGAUUUCUUAUUGAAAGACAAGGAGAACAAUUAAACAGUGUGGAAUAUUUUGCUGGAAGAACAGCAGAUAAUGUUGAUACUGGUCGUAUUGACCUUCAUAAAGCAAAACAAAGGAAUCAAAGACAUAGAAAGAGAAAAAUUAAACUUGGUAUCAUACUUAGUAUAAUAAUUAUUGUUUUCCUAAUGAUCAUCAUCUUUUUAUAG